UUCAUUAGUGCGCCAUUAUUGAAAGAAGAGGAACGAAAAAGAAGUAUUUUUUUGAUAAAAAAAAUAAUAUAUCAAAAUGCCAAGAGGUGGAAGAAGAUCGAGUGGCCGAUCGUCUCCCUUAUUUAGUAAGCCUUCUCCUAAGCCAUCUUUACCAGCUAAACCAGCUCCAUCGAGUGUAGGACGACCAGSUCAACCUCAACAACCUGGACUAUUUGGGCAAAUGGCGUCCACUGCUGCUGGUGUUGCCAUCGGMUCUACUGUGGGCCAUGUUGUUGGAGGUGCCUUAAUGGGAGGCCAUGGUGGUUCAGAACAACAAGCAGCAGAACAACAAAAUAUGUCAAAUCAACAACAGAAUCCAUGUCAUUAUGAGCUUCAGCAGUUUGUGGAUUGUGCCCAGAACUCAAGUGAUAUGUCUUAUUGUCAAGGSUUUAAAGAAGUGCUAAAACAAUGUAAAAUYGAUCAUGGUCUAGCAUGAUAUCAUUUAAGUAUGAUGAUGACAAAGAAGAAAAAUCACAAGGAUGAAUCUGAUUGGAAAAACGUGAAGAGAAGGGCAGAAUUACACCUGUACCAAUAUCAUAACAGCAAUAUUAUCUCUUGUUCUUAUUUGAAAAAAAUUCAAUGGCAGUUCUCCUGACUUGAGAUCAAUGAAAGAGCUUAUGUUGUGUGCUUUAUAUACUUUUAUACUGCAAUUGUUGCUGGGCAUCUUAAUUCAUGUUGGAAUAAAAAUGCUUAAAAAUA